AUGUCGUCCGAGCGGGAGAGUGAGAGGCUUUGUCCGCAUCCGAAAAACGUAAGCUCGCCAGUAUGGGAGCUUUUCGGCUUCAGAGAAAACAGCUCCUUCUUAGACAACCCAGUUUGCAGAAUCUGUCGGGCUACGGUCAGUGCGAAGGGGGGCAACACCACCAACCUUUUUACCCACCUCCAUGUCCAUCACCCCGCGGAUUACGCCCUUUUACAGAGAGGAGCUUCAAAGAAGACUGAGAAACCCAGAGUCUCGGGUCAGCUGACACUUUUUGAGUCUGUGGAAAUGAAGAGGAAAGCAGACAUGGCUAGUGCAUCUGAGGACACAGCCAUCACUGAGUCACUAGCCUACUUCAUAGCAAAGGACAUGAUGCCCUUUAGAAUAGUAGAGAGGCCAGGAUUUAAUGCACUGAUGAAAACAGUUGCUCCAAAAUACAAAAUCCCAAGAAGACAACACUUUUCUGAAAAAGAAAUCCCAAACAUGUACUUAAAAUUAAAAUCUGACAUUGCCAACACUAUGGCUGAAGCCAAACACUUUGCAUUUACAACUGAUCUCUGGACCAGUAAUACUGGACACCCCUAUAUGAGCUUAACAGUUCAUUUCAUCACACCAGCAUGGGAAAUGAAAGCUGCAUGUCUAGAGACUGCAUUUUUACCUGAUGACCACACCAGUGAGAACAUUAAAGAGACAUUCGAAAACCUAAUUAAAGAGUGGGGAAUUCAGCAGUCAGCGGUGGAGUGUGUCACUACUGACAAUGGCACAAAUAUGAAGGCUGCAUUUAAAUCCCUCCUCCCAUCGAACUGGCUCAGCUGCUUUGGACAUAAUUUAAAUCUUGCUCUUGGAAAGGCCCUGAAGAUUGACCAAGUGGAUGCUUCUGUGAGGGCUUGCAGGAGUGUCGUACAAGGAUUUAACCACUCAUGGAAGAGAAGGAGAGAGCUGGCAAAAAAGCAAGCAGAACUUAAUCUUCCUCAACAUACCCUAAUCCACGACGUUGUGACUAGAUGGGGGUCUACGUACGACAUGAUUUCUAGAUUUGUUGAACAACAUGCUGCCGUGACAGCAACUCUCAUGGCUGACAGAAAUACCAGGCAUCUUGUGCUAAGGAUACAUCUCUACACUUGAGGACACAUGUAAGGUGCUGAAGCCACUCAGAACCUUUACUGAUUCCCUGGCUGCAGAGACCUGUAUCACAA